AUGAGCAUGCCCCUGCCGCCAAUGAAAGCCAACUUUUCGAUGACCGCGAAUAUGAUGUCCAGCAUGCGAUGGUCAUCAGUUCUAGCAUCAAAUCCAAACAGGCAGUCGAAGAAAAGAAAAAGAUCAAAUAUGGCGAAUUCGAAAGAUGAAAAAGCGAAAAGUGUACCAAAGCCACGAGAAUCUCCAGCGAGCUCGACGGAAAUCGUCUCCGCAAAGAUUCGCCGUCUACCCGUCAAUUGCAAUAACAACGUGCCCAUGUCCCAUGUGUCCUACAGCCAUACUGUCGACAAUACGGAGUUGAAAGAUUUGAAUGGAUUCCAAUAUAUUGAAGAAGCGUUUCAUGAUUCCUUACAGGCGGUAAUUGAUGUCAUCAAGCAUUCAAAAUUCACAAGCAAGUUGCAUCCCGAAACAAUCGUAAAAAUCAUCAGCUCUUCCGUCACCGAAUCUGUCUUGCUGCAUUUGGCAUGGCUCAAACACGACGAGUUGAAAACCAGCUGCCCAGACGGCCCAAAAGUGCUCAUCAACAUUCUCUCCGAAUUGGAACAUCUCGAGUUGAAAGAACCCGAGCUGGAGCUCGCGCUCAUGGUGCCGAUUUUAAACAUUCGAACGACAAACAAGAUAAAGCUUGAUUUUGACGAGGACAAGGAUCAGAUCGUCAAAUCGUCCGCUGAUCUAAAUGACGAGCUCAAAUCGCUGCUAAAUAAUAUUGGAAAUUGUGAAAUGACGAGAGUUAUUGCUCUCUUUGCAACCGUCUUGCCAAGCCUAAGCGAAUUGGCGCUGCUUUACAAAACCAAGCUGAAUGAUCUCCUUGAAAAAGAGCUUACCAGCAUGAAUAUCUAA